AAAAGAAGAAACAGCCAACAACAAACCCUAAGGUUAAGGUGGAAUCCACCUCGACAUUCACUUCAGCAUACUCGCCACUUCCUCAACCGACAUUCCAGGGGUUUGAUAAUAAUAUAUCCAAUGCAUUAGCUGGAUUAAAUGCAUUGUCUCAAGUCCAAUGGUCAAUACCAAUCCUUCAACUCCAAGAGGUUUGAGUAUUACGUCACCCAACAUAAAUGGAGGUCUUCCACCAACACCACAACAACAACAACAGCAGCAGCAGCAACAUCAACAUCAACAACAUCAGCAGCAACAACCACAAUCUCCUAAUUCAGACACAUCUUCAUCUACCCCAUUGGAAAACCAAACAGGUGGAUACUAUCCAGAUAGUGUUGAUCCAACCAUGAAUCUUCCGCAAGGUACACCUUCAUCUCUCACGCCAAGAAAUUCUAUAUCUCAGGGCUCGCCCCUUGUGCAACCCCAUCCUCCAAGAACAAGUAUUUCCAGCACGGCUAGUCUAUCACGUUCAGGCUCAAUCUCAGGCAUCCCACCCAUCCUGGUCCCCAGUAAUUCCACGGGUUUACCCACCAUGUCAUUCCGAAACAACUCCAUCAUUCAAACAAUAAGAGAUGAUCGGACUUCAAUAUCUUCCUUAGCUCGUGUUUCCGUCAGUUCGCUUCCUUCUAAAUCCAUGAAUAUCCCUCAUCAUCAAACUACAAACAAUGCCUUGGCGCAUAUGCCGGUGUUGUUUGGUAGUACUGGUGGCAGUAUAAGUGGUCCAUUGUCGAGAAACCCCAGUUUGAGUGCACCUUCGGGGGCUCCUGGAGCAAACUCUGGCAUUCAACAGAACAAUGUUUCCAGUUUGCGCAACAGCAGCAUUGUUAGUGCCAAUCUGGGAUACUAUUCUCGUUCUGGAUCAGUGGUGAUACCGUAUAAUGCUGACAAGGAGGAGCCAUUGAAGAUUGACAAGGACAAGUUGGAUGACCAUAAUAAGAAAUUGAACAAGAAAAAGAUAAAGACUAUCCACCAUAACCAUCGUACAACGACAAAGACUAGCGGCGACUCCAAGGGUAAAUCGGCUACACCUAACCCACCACCGUUAGAGAUUCCCUGGACCAUGGAAGAGGAUGAAUUGUUAAUCAAUAGAAGAAACAGAGAAUUGUCAUUUGCAGAAUUACUGAUCUUAUUACCGCAAAGAACUGAAGGUGAAAUAUGGGCUCGAAUUGAUCAUUUGGAAAAAUUAAGAAAUGGAGCACAUAGAUCAGCCACAUCCAGUGAUCCAAGAAGAGCUGGCAUUGAUUUCUAUGAUGAUGAUGACGAUGAUGUUAUUGGUGGUCUCAGUGACGAUGAAGAUGAUGACGACGAUGACGAUGAUAAUAAUGACGUUUUGAGUGUAAGAAAGAGGAAGCGUAGAGCUAGCUCGGCGGUCAACCCACUUUCGGUUAGAGAAACAAUCAGAAAACGUUUGUAAAAAAAAAUGAAGUGUGUAUAUAUUAAAAUCUAUAAUUUUUUAAUACAAUUUCAAUUCCAGAGUAAUUUGAU